AUGGAUGACCGCAGAGACAAUGUUGGAGGAGGUGGUCGAUACUACGGCCCGGGCCCUGAGCUAAACAUACCGCCACCCCAACCCAAGAUGCGCCGCAAGAUACGCCGACAGCCUCCACAGGAGACGGUGAACCAGUUCUGGGAUCGAAUGAACCCCAGAUUCCCAGGUAAAAUCUUUACGGUUCUCCCUGAUAAUCCCUAUGCUCGGAAGAAGGCCGCAAAGACGCCCCAUGGCACCGUCUCCGGCCAGCGCGCCGCGAAAUCAUACGAGGAAGCUCGCGCCGAAUGUGAAAAGGACGUGAACAGGAUUGUCAAGGAGUGUCGUCGACUCAAUCAGAAGUAUCGAGAUCUGCACUUCGAUAUCGAGUGGGACCUGAAGUCGGGCCAGAGAAAUUGCCUAGAUGGCUUGAGCACGCCAGGCGAUUCGAUGAAACCGAAGGGCGUCAAGAGAAUAACGGACAUCUUCGAGAAACCCCAGUUCUUCAUCAACGGUCCUACUGCUGGCGACGUUAGACAGGGCCGUGACGGGGACUGCUACUUGAUGGCCGCACUCUGUGGCCUAGGCAAUAUGGAGGGUCUCAUCGACAAGGUCUGCGUCAAACAUGAUGAAGACUGUCAAGCCGUCGGAGUAUACGGCUUUGUUUUCUUUCGAGAUGGCGAGUGGCAGCAUACCAUCGUCGACGAUAAGCUCUACACCCGAGCGCCUGAUUACGAUGAAGCCCAAGAUGAGCGCGUGGUUUGGGACGACAUCAACCGCGUCGACAGCGCCGAGGAAUACCGCAGGGCACACCUCACGGGCUCACGAGCACUAUACUUUGCACAAUGCAGCGAGGAAAACGAGACCUGGCUGCCGCUGCUUGAAAAGGCUUACGCGAAAGCUCACGGAGAUUUUGCCUCUAUUGACGGAGGCUUCACUGGGGAAGCCAUCGAGGACCUAACAGGUGGUGUAACUACUGAGAUCUACAGCACUGACAUUCUGGAUCGCGAUGCCUUCUGGCGAGAUGAGCUAAUGCAGGUCGGACAGGAGUUUCUCUUCGGUUGUGCAACGGGCUUCUACGCGAAUUGGCUUGACACUAGUGGUGUGCCCCGUGAGCGCGAAGGGAUCUCUGAAGGUCAUGCCUACAGCAUCAUGGAUGCGAAGGAGAUCAACGGCCAACGCUUAUUGAAGCUGCGCAACCCUUGGGGCAAGAAGGAGUGGACGGGGAGGUGGAGCGACGGCAGCUCAGAGUGGACACCCGAAUGGAUGCAGCUGCUCGACCACAAGUUCGGGAACGAUGGCAUUUUCUGGAUCUCGUACGAAGAUUUGCUGAAGAAGUAUCAACACUUUGAUCGGACCAGGAUCUUCGGUCCGGAAUGGACCGUGACACAACGGUGGACCAGUGUCAGUGUUUCGUGGUCAGCUGAAUAUCACAGCACCAAGUUCUCGUUGACCCUGGAAGAAAAAGCCCGCGUCGUGAUUGUCCUAGCACAGCUGGACGAUACGUACUUCGGCGGCCUCGAGGGCGGUUACGGAUUCGACCUCCAAUUCCGCCUCGAAUCUGACAACAAGGAGGACGAGAACGACUACAUUGUCCGGUCCAACGGCAAUUACGCCAUGGCUCGAUCGGUCAGCACGGACAUCGAGCUGGAGGCUGGUACAUACUCGGUCUUGAUGAGGAUCACAGCCACGAGGCACUCGGAUCGGGAACAUGUCGAGGAGAUCCUUCCCCUCUACACCGCCACGCGCCGCGAAAAGCUCAUUCAGAUGGGUCUAUCCUAUGACUUGGCCCAUGCGAAAGGCGUGCACGUGGAGACCGAAGCCGAGCGGAAAGAACGCAAAAUGGUGGAAAAGAACCGGCGAGCCAAAGGACGAGAGAAAAUGAAGCAGCAGGCCAAAGCUCAGGCCGAGAAAGAUUGGAAGAGGGCGAAGAAGGAGCAUGAACUCGACAAGAAAAGAAGAGCGAGGAAGAACCACUGGCGACAGAGGAAGAACCGCAUCAACGACGGCUACGAAGAGGAGAUAAUAGUUGAGAGAAGGGUUGAAAGCAGAGGAGCAUUUGACAGCCUGGAUUCAGGGAAGCCUAACAACGGCAUUGGAGCUACCAACGAAGCAGAUGGAAUAGUUGAUGGGAGCGACAAAAAGCCAGCCGAACUCACCGAGGAGCUCAGUGGCACAUCCAAACCAGAGGCCAAGCCGACCGAAGACGUCUCGGCUGAGCAGGUCGUUGAGCCUCUCGAGGAUGUGAUCAAAAUCGUCGAUGCCGAAACACAAGCUAACACACCUGAGACUUCUUCACAUGCUCAAGCAACACAAGCGACCAAGCCAGCGACAGAAGCACCGGCUGAGGGCUCGAGACCUACACCAAUUACGGAGAUUAAUGGCUCUACUGUCGUCACAUCUGUUAAACCAGACGAGGACUCAAGGCCUAUCCCAAAUUCGGAGGCUAACGGCUCUGCUGUUGUCACAGACGUUAAACCCCUGUCGACUGCACCUCCACUAUCCCAGCCAGAGCAUCUCGCUAAUGGCGUCUCUGUCGAAGGAGGAAAUGCAGGAAAGCUUCGUCCUCAAGAAAGGAGUACCUCUGAGCCUCAUUAUGAGCGGCCUCAACGCAGUGACACCCUCGAUACCACAGCUGCAAUGGUCGGCAUUGGCAGCGGCGCAUAUCUGACUCACGAACCCGAGGACAAUGACUCUGGUAGAGGGCGAACCGAAUUGCCACGCCGCCGUGGCAGCCAAGCGAACAACGACGAAGAUUCAGGGGCAGACGGAGAAGAGCCAGGGUCGGCCUCGGACGCAGACUCCUUCCCUCCCUUCGAAUGGGACUCCGAACUCGACUUCUCCGGCCCCCUCAGCGGCGACUCGGACGACUCCACAUCGUCAAUUUCCCAGCGCAGAGUUCGCCUCCGAUAUAGACCCCAUUAUAUCCGCCGAGCGGGGAGAGGACGACGGUCGCGGUCUCCGCCCAUAGGACCGAUCCCGCCACCCGGGCCGAGAGAUUUCAUCGAGAUCGUAGAGAAAGGCGGCAACCCAGACGCGGACGAUGACAAUGGACCAGACGAGACAUGGAACGCCGUCUGCGUGGUUGGCCUGAGAGUCUACUCGGCGUUGAAAGGCGAAAAAGUCAAGUUGAAAGUCGUCAGACCGUGUGAUGGAUGCUCAGAUGACGAGGAGGGACAAAUUAAGAAGAAGGGCAAAGAGAAUCACGGAUCCAGAAAUGGGGUUGGCGAUGGCCAUGGAUCAGCUGGCAAUACGAACGACGCCACUCUGGAUCCGGACGAUAUUUCAAAGGGAGCCGUUGCGGCCGAGCCGGAGAGUACAGGUACUGUUGUCGAGCGGGAGGGACAAGUCAAUGUGAUGGACAAGGGGGAUGAGUUGAGGUUGGGCACAAGACAGAACCAGUGGACGGGGCCGACGAAAAGGAGGAGGUCGCGGAGGGAGAGACAGCUGCCUAGAAGGUGA